UCAGCCCCCCUUGAAAGUACAUAUUUGACAGGGCACAGUCAGGCAUAGCCUGCACUCCAGCUUAGCGCUCAGUAAGGCACAGACGCCCUAGCCCCUCUCCCGCUCUCCUUGGUUUUCAUUUGGACUUUUUGUUGGUGCCGUCGAACAGCAAUACGCAGCCAUGGAUGCCAUCAAGAAGAAGAUGCAGAUGCUCAAGCUCGACAAGGAGAAUGCCUUGGACAGAGCUGAGCAGGCUGAGUCAGACAAGAAAGCAGCAGAGGACAGAAGCAAACAGCUUGAGGACGAUUUGCUAGCUCUGCAGAAGAGGCUGAAGGGAACCGAGGAUGAGUUGGACAAGUACUCUGAGGCUCUUAAAGAUGCCCAGGAGAAACUUGAGCUGGCUGAGAAGAAAGCCACCGAUGCUGAGGGAGAAGUCGCUUCCCUUAACAGACGUAUCCAGCUGGUUGAGGAGGAGUUGGAUCGUGCUCAGGAGCGUCUGGCCACUGCCCUGACCAAGCUGGAGGAGGCUGAGAAGGCUGCUGAUGAGAGCGAGAGAGGCAUGAAGGUCAUUGAGAACAGGGCCAUGAAGGAUGAGGAGAAGAUGGAGCUGCAGGAGAUCCAGCUGAAAGAGGCCAAACACAUCGCUGAGGAGGCUGACCGCAAAUAUGAGGAGGUGGCCCGUAAGCUGGUCAUCAUUGAGGGUGACUUGGAGCGUACAGAGGAGCGCGCUGAGCUGUCAGAAAGCAAAUGCUCUGAGCUUGAGGAAGAAUUGAAAACUGUGAGCAACAACCUGAAGUCACUGGAGGCACAGGCUGAGAAGUAUUCACAGAAGGAGGACAAGUACGAGGAGGAGAUCAAGGUUCUCACCGACAAGCUGAAGGAGGCUGAGACUCGUGCUGAGUUCGCUGAGAGAUCAGUAGCCAAGCUUGAGAAGACCAUUGAUGACUUGGAAGAUGAGUUGUAUGCCCAGAAACUGAAGUACAAGGCCAUCAGCGAGGAGCUGGACCACGCCCUCAACGACAUGACUUCAAUGUAAUUUUCAACUUGCUGUGCCUGCUUGUUCCACCGUCACCCUCCUUUCCCCUUCUCUGUACACUGGCCGCCCCACCUCCAUUCGUCUCCAUAAUCUUUUCUAGUGCCCGUCAUUAUUAGUACAUCCAACUCUUGCAUCUGUCCCGAGACUUAUAAUGGUUAUGCAGCUAUGUUUUUAUAUAGCCCUAAAGUUUAAUGUCUUAAAACAGACAUUGUGGUAUUCCGUGUCUGUGUAAUUCAAGAGGAAUUUCAAUAAUGAGGCUACAGCUCACUCAAAGUGAUUGUACCGGUACUGAAUGCCUUUUGUGUCAGUAUCGUUGAUGUUUGAGAAUACUGUGAACAGGACUGAAGUGAUGUAAUGGCUGGAAAAAAAACAGAAUGGGUCUGUUUACAUUUUUUUUUUAGCUGAUUUAACUGUGAGUUGUAUUACUUUUUAUGUGAAAAGUAAUUAUUGUUCGUUCUGUGCAUUUAUGCAUUUGAUAACUCCCUAAGUUUCAAAAUAUUCAUAUAAUUUCACAUGAUAUUUUGACAUCCUGGGCAAUGCAUGCAGGUUUUCUGUUUAAAUGUUGUAGAUUGUGUCAAGGAAGCAUUUCAAUGAAUCCCAUACUCUUACUGUAACUCAGGGUUAUGUGUAGUGUUUCCUCUUUCCUCUUCUACUAAUAUGGUUUACUUCUGUCCAGAAGUAAGGCCCCCUGUGUCUUUGUGAAACCCCCCGCCCCCUCGUUCUUUAAUUAUACCGGUUGUUGGCUAGCUGUCCUAGUUCAGCAUCAAUGUGUUUUGAGUUCCGGGUUUUGCUAAAAAGUGUUGUCCCUCAACAUUUGGACAUUUUGUGGGAGAUUGACAAUGCGCACCACAUCUGUCUGGUCCAGCGCUGCUCCUCUUCUUUUAGCAGAAAGGACUCGAUCAGAGGGAGUAGUUGCUCCGGCCUCCAAUUUGUGUUAGUCAGCGUAUUCUAUCUCACAAUGCAAUUCAAUUGUGCAUUGUGGUUUGUUAGUGCAGUGCUGGGACUCCUGUGGUUUUGGUAUGUCGUGGUGCGCAUCUCAAAUUUCCGUAGGUCCCACGCCGACCCCAUGGUUCACUGUGCUUCUUCUCUCCCACGCAGCUAAAUUGUUUACACCUCAUCAAAGACGCCUCCUGCCGGCUGAGCAGCAUCUGUCUGCUCUCUACAGCCUUCUCGCCAUUUUCCCUUCUUUCCUUUCCUCCUCAUGUUUUCAUCCUCAUGUCAAAGUUAACGGCAUCUCAUCUCUUGUACAGAAUCUUAGAAUCUUUCUGCGUUGUGUAAAAAAUAAACGUCCUUCCUUCUAUGUAAGCUGUAUCUCUUUACUCUGUCCUUUUUUUCCUCUUUAAUUUAAUUUUAAUAUUUAUUUUUCAAGUGGCUCCAAUAAAACCAGGAAGCCUUGAUUUUAUGUUUAUGUUUUUGAAUUUGUUUCUGCAUCUCAACAAGCCAUUAGCUGAGCUUUACCCUGCUUUUCUUGGUUUAGUUUUAUAGAUUUCAGUGGAUGUUUUAUUUUUCUUCAAAUAUUGUUCUGUGAAGCUGAGAUCUUAGGAAUAUCACAGUGGUGCUAGAAGCACACAAACCUAGAACAUCUACAGGUACUUGACUGAAAGCUGAGCCAAGUUGUCUUCUCUUUUAGCAUUUGAGACGGAUGCAUGCAAGCACUUUUCUGUGUUUAGUACUAUGGCAGGAUGAGCUGACUGGAAAGAUUUGAGAAUUGGAUGGAAUUAGUGUUGGAUUGUUAUCAGCAAGAUUGUGGUAGAGUAGAGUAAGGGGUGUAACGGUGAAAUGCAGAACAGCAUGUGAGAUAUGUGGAUCCUCAUCUGGUUGCUGGAAAAAUUGGAUGAAACUGAUAUCAGUGAUUAUGACACACGGGCUUUGUAUGAUACACAGUAUCCUGUCAUAUAUUUGAAUAAAUGUACAACCACACAUUCUGAGUCUUUUUAUUAAAUUUAUUUCUAUAAGGUCAGGCACAGAAAGACAAGAAGAAAUUAGCAAUUCUCCGAUGCUGUGUGUUUUGAGACUUCUUAAUUGAAAGGGGACUGUAGGACAGUUGUUGAGCCACAUCCUCAAAAUCAAAAAUGUCCAAACAAACUUAGGCUACAGGAGGGUUGAUGCUAUAUAGCAGUUUAUCCAGUUUUGAUGUUGAUCAGCGAUAUUUGAGCAUAUGCUAAGAUUCAUUUGAUAGAGGAUUUUAUGACUAAACAGAGAGACAUGGAAUUUAUGGAAUUCUUUUUUCUCUUUUUUUCUGUUUUGUUGCCACACUGUCCAAUUUUAAAGAUUUUAUUUUGAGGUUAAGUUGCACAGCCAUGGUUCCUUUUAACCUCUCUGGGUUAAAUCUCCUCCUCUAUUGUCACUCAACACACUGUCCUUCCAUGCUUUACAAGUUGCAGAGAAGAAAAAAAAACAAAAAAACCUUGGAUUGCCAAAACUGCCUCUCAAAAAACAAGAACAUCAAAACACUGUUCGAUCAUGUUAAUUAAAGGCUAUUCAGACAUUUUAAGUGUUAUUUUUUUACAAAGAAUAAAAACGUCUUCACUGAUCUGUUCCAAAGAAGGUAAGUGUCAACAGGCAAUGCACUUUCUCUUUACCUAUUUUUCCUCUGAUUUCCUGUCCUCUCUCUGUUUUUCAAACUUGCUUUCUGACUGCAAAGAUCGCCUCUACCAGCAACUUGAGAAAAACCGCCUUCUCACUAAAGAACUAUGCGUGGCCUUGAAUGAGGACUAAAUUGUGUGAAUGUUGUAUCUGUUUGUUACGGUUUUGUUUUUAAUGUGUGUAUGACAAUCUGAUCCAGUGUACGAUCCAAAGCUCUUCCAUUUGCAUUGACCACGUACGAUGCCUGCACUGCUUGAAAUUUUGUGUUGCUUUUUAUGGAAAUAUAUUUAUAAUGAAAUAUAGUGAAAAUCGGGGAUUAUCUCAAAUAUAUCAUUUUCUCAUCUUACAAUUUAUUGUUAUGCAGUCGGGCAAUAAUCAUUUUUUUGUAAGUUGUUGUGUUUGUGUAUUAAUAACGUUUUUUUGUAGACUGUAACCCGUCUGCAUGGUUGCUUGCAUAUCAUAAUAUGAGCUUGUUUAUUCAGUGUGUUUCUCUUGUUUUCUGUCAGUGCUGUGUAGAUUGGGUUAAAAAGCACUCAAAUUCAAUGACUCACUUGAAUGAUGUAGCCAGCUUUCUUUAUUAAUGCAAGCUAACCAACUGACUCACUUACGCUUGCUUGUGUGAGAUUAAAACUUCUCCAUUUGAUGUUC